AUGGCGGCAGAUCCGACCCGACCAAUCCGCAUUGCAGGCGUCUCCGGUUCUGCUUCUGACCGACGCCAUGCAAUGGCAAUGCUAGCAGCAAAUCAUCCAAACGACCCUAUAGAUGUUAUCAUCGGAGACUGGAUGUCGGAAGCUAAUAUGACGGGCAGGGCGGUCAUGAAGACGGAUGGUCAAGGUGAUGCCUAUGAACCAACCUUUCUUGAAUCUCUCGAACCCGCUCUCCACGAUAUCGCGAAGCACGGGAUCAAAGUCGCAGUCAAUGCCGGCGCUUCAGACACCCACCUCCUGCACAAAGUCGUUACUGAAAUGGUCGAAUCGAAAGGAUUGAAACUCAAAGUCGCUUGGAUCAGCGGCGAUGAAGUCUUUCCAGCCAUUCAAGAGGCCCUCAAAGAAGGCAAGACCAAAUUCGAGAAUAUUUCCACUGGCGAGUUCCUGGCGGAUUGGAAGUUCGAGYCUUUAUAUGCACAGGCCUACCUCGGCGGCCUAGGAAUUGCAGCUGCGCUUGCCAAAGGAGCAGACAUAGUGGUCUGCGGCCGCGUGUCGGAUGCGAGUCCUGUCAUAGGUGCUGCGUACUGGUGGCAUGGCUGGAGUCGAGACCAACUUGAUGAGCUCGCGAACGCCUUCGUCGCGGGUCAUUUGAUUGAAUGUUCGAACUAUGUUUGUGGUGGUAACUUUAGUGGUUUCAAAUCGUUGGAGACCAAGCGCUGGCAUGAUAUCGGAUAUCCCAUUGCGGAAAUCUCCCGAUCUGGACAGGUCGUUAUUACGAAGAAUCUUGGUUCAGGAGGAGAGGUUAGUACGCAGACGUGCUCUUCUCAGCUGCUGUACGAGAUCCAGGGCCCGUGGUAUUACAAUUCUGAUGUUACGGCAUUGUUGGACGAGCUUUACUUUGAGCAGAUUGGGACGAAUCGCGUUGCACUACGCGGAGUGAAAUCUGACUUUCCACCACCGACUACUAAAGUCGGCAUCACUGCCAAGGGAGGCUAUCAAGCGGAGUCACAUUAUUUUCUUUGCGGCCUGGACAUUGAGGAAAAAGCACGAAUGCUAGAGGCUCAAAUUCGACAUCUCCUGAAGCCUCACUCGGACAAGUUCUCCAAGUUGGAAUUCACGCUCAACGGGACUGCUGCCGAGAAUGCGAGGAAUCAGAAUGCCGCAACGGUGGACUUUAGAAUCUUUGUGCAAGCUGCCGAGGAGCAAGAUAUUGCACCUACGAAGUUCAUGAGAAAUACAAUCGAUGGCAUCAUGCAGGGGUAUCCGGGUGCAACUAUUCAUAUGGAUAUGCGGCAAGGCUUUCCCAAGCCGAUUUUUGAGUACUAUGUUACUCUGCUGCCCCAGUCUGCCAUUUCACACAGGGUACACUUGUGGGACGGACAAACACUGGACAUCUCUCCGCCUCAGCAGACCAAGGUCUAUCCUGCUCAACAGCCCAGCGAACCAGAAGCUACGAAUCUCCGAGUCACGAAUUUUGKCAAGACUGUCAGAGGGCCGCUUGGAUGGAUCGUUCAUGCACGAUCUGGAGACAAAGGCUCGAAUGCGAAUGUUGGAUUCUGGGUACGACAUCGGGAUGAGUGGGAGUGGCUCCGCUCGCUGUUGUCUGUCGAUAUGAUCAAGUCGUUGUUGGCGGAUGAGUAUAAGACUGGGAAGAAGAUUGAUCGUUUUGAACUACGCAACAUGUUUGCGGUACACUUCCUACUGCACGACCAUCUUGACAGAGGCGUAAGCUGUUCUUCGUCGUAUGAUUUCUUGGCGAAGAAUGUCGCGGAGUAUCUGAGAUCCAAACAUGUAGAUUUGCCCAUCAAGUUUUUGAACAGGGGCAAGCUAUGA